UCAUGAGAAAAAAAAAAAAACAUAUUUAAACUUUUCCGUAACAACAAGAAAAAUCCGCAACGGUAACGCAGCAACGGUGAUGGUGGUAUCACAAAAUCACACAAACCCCCAAUUCUCCCCAAAAGCGUCGUCGUCUUCUUCUUCCUGUCGCUCUCACCGACGUAGCUUCCUUCAUCCACCAAAAACCAUCAAUGGCGGGUCCCACCAAUGCAUUCACAGAUCUUGACAGCGAUUGAUACUUGAAAGUUAAAACCUUACAUUUAUUAUUACUCGUUAGGAGAUUUUAAGGUUUUUAUAAGAAACAGCAUUAAUUUAGCAUUAGCAACAUGCAAGCUUGGGGGAGGUUAGGAGGUUAUAUAAGACGCGGUGUGUGUAAUGUUUCUGGGCCGUUUCUUCCGUUCGGGGGCGCUGUUGAUAUUAUUGUUGUUCAGCAGAAAGAUGGGAGCUUUAAAAGUUCUCCUUGGUAUGUUAGGUUUGGGAAAUUUCAACGGGUUAUGAAGGCGGCGAAGAGGGAGAAGGUUAAGGUUAGUGUUAGUGUUAAUGGGGUUGAGACGGAUUUUCAUAUGUGUUUGAGUCCUAAAGGGGAGGCUUUUUUUCUUCAUGCGAAUUCUUCGCAACAUGGUGAAGGAGAAGAAGAGGGGCAAGAGGAACAAGAAGAAGAAGAUGGGAUAGGAUCUAUGUGGGGUUAUGAUGAUAUUCAAGUGAGAGGGAGUAAUAAGAGGCAAUUUAAGUCGAAAAGUUGUAACUUUCGUUCGGAGGAUCCGGUUAUAGAUAGGACUGGUUCUCGCCGUUCGAGGAUGUGUAGGCUUGUAUUUGGGCCGAGUUCUGAUGGUGGUGAUGGUGAAGAUGUUGAUGCAGAUUUAGUGGAGCGUGCUGAAAUUGCAGCCAAGUUGUUGGAUUUAAGGUGGUCUACGAAUCUCACUUUUGAUGAACUUCCUUAUCGGGAAAGAAAGAAGACUCGAGGUGGUAACUUGGACAAGGAGAAAGGCAAGACUGAAUCUGGCGAGGUUAUUCGCCUUGCAAGUGAAGUAUGUGGAGAAGUUCAUGUUCAUGACGAGGUUUUGCAUGCUACAAGUCUGCAGCUACCUGAGGGUGGAAAACCUGAGGGAGUUACUAGGAAUGUCCGUCUCGAGAGACCGGUAACGGAUUGUGGUAUUUAUGAUGUUGCGGAUGUUGGAAGCAGGGCAAAGUUUCAAAAGUCUCAGACUGUCAAUAUUGGUAGAAGGGAUCGUUCUGUUAAGAAGGUUAGCGUAAAUACUCCAACGUCUGAACAACUGUCAUCUUUGAAUCUGAAGGAAGGGAGGAACACGAUUACCUUCGGUUUUUCUACACCUAUGAUGGGCAUGCGGCAGAUUGAUGCUCGGAUAUUUUUGUGGAAAUGGAAUACUCGUAUAGUGAUAUCAGAUGUGGAUGGGACAAUUACAAGGUCAGAUGUUCUAGGUCAAUUCAUGCCUUUAGUUGGGAUUGACUGGUCACAAACUGGUGUUGCUCAUUUAUUUUCAGACAUCAAGGAAAAUGGCUACCAGUUGCUUUUUCUCAGUGCUCGUGCAAUUUCUCAAGCACAUAACACCAGACAAUUCCUAUUCAAUCUUAACCAGAACGGAAAAGUCUUACCAGAUGGUCCGGUUGUCAUUUCCCCCGACGGACUUUUUCCUUCUUUAUAUAGAGAAGUUAUCCUCAGGGCUCCGCACGAGUUCAAAAUUGCAUGUUUAGAGGACAUCAGGGCACUUUUUCCUCCUGAUUGCAAUCCGUUCUAUGCUGGAUUUGGAAAUAGAGAUACCGAUGAAAUCAGCUACCUUAAGGUUGGAAUCCCUAAAGGAAAAAUAUUCAUCAUUAAUCCCAAGGGUGAGAUUUUUAUAAACCGACGGUGUUUAGACACAAAUUCAUACACUUCUCUUCACACUCUCGUGAACGGAAUGUUUCCCCCUACAAACACAUCUGAACAGGAGGAUUACAAUUCAUGGAACUUCUGGAAGUUGCCCCCUUUCGAAUAAAUUUUAUAGGGCUUUUUGACAUUCAUCGCCCAAUCAUCGUUGUCUGGUGCGGAUGGAAGAAGGCUUUGCUGUUUCUAGUAGAAGUGUAAAAAACUAAAUAGGUGAUGUACUGCUAAGCCCCAUGACAAGAGCAUCAUUCUAAUGUUAACUUCUGCUGGCGGAUUAUUGUCUUUUUGAAUUAGAUUACAUUGAUAGAGAAUUCAUGGAAGUAUGUGAAAUUUUCCGUCUGCAUCUUGCUUCAACAUCUGAAGCUUGAAGUUGUGAAUAUUAGAUACAACCUUUGGUUUGUCGUGUCGACGGCGGUGAUCUCAUGAAGAACAGGCUCAAUUGCAUUGGAUUUUUAUGGGAAUGAAUAUGACUACAAACUAAUAUUCAUUUUGCCAACAUAUAAUCUUAAAUUACUUUUCUUCACAUUCAUUUUGCCAACAUGUAAAUAAUAUUCAUAUCUCCAAUUCUUUAUUUUAUUAAUUUUUUUAUUUUAUAUUUCAAUCCUUUAUGAAGACUCCUGAGGUCAAAAGUUGGUUAAGUAGAUAUAAUAGUACAAUCAGUGUUGAAAUGUAAUUUAAAUUAGUGAGUUAGUUGAGUUACUUGAUUUGUAAGUAACUAGUUAGUUAAGUUAAUUGCUUAGCAAGUAAUUAAUUAAGUUGGUUAAGAUGUGUUACAGAAGACUACGAAACAUGUAACCGAGCAAGUCAUGCAAGCAAAAGCUUUUAAGAAAGGUGGUGGUCAAAAAUGAAGGAAAUACAAGUCCGUGAGGAUGAUUCUAUGAAAGACAUUGAUAAACAUAAAUCUUCUUUAAGAAAUCAUAAUGAUUAUCAAGACAAGAAGUGUAAAAA